UUCACGUGGUUCUCGGCAGAAAAUGAACAGAAUAUAUUUUGAUUCGUUUCCCGGAGGUCGGUUCUACUUUUCACUUAAAUUCAAUAUCAUUUAUGGUGUGGUGAUUUAAUAUAAAAAAAUAUGUGAAUUAUGUUUACCGGACGCUAUAUAAAGAGAAAAAAGUUGAGUAGAACUACACUAUGAGAUGAAGACGGAAUGUCCACUUCAAGAGAAUUGUUUACACAAUUUUAGGACGGGCGAUUAAAAAUAGGAUGUCUAAAUCAUAAUGAGGAAUGUUCUAUUCGUAUUUCGUGUACUUUUGCCGCCUCUAAUUUUUGUCAACAUUUCUAUGUCACGUCCAUCAGGCCAACAGAGUGUUAGAGAUUAUUCUACUAAUUUCACGUGGGACGCUAUACCAAUUAGUCAGACUUUGGAUAGCAAUACUUUACAUUUUAAUUCAGUUCAUGGUACGAGCAUUCCGAAAAGCAGAGAAAGUAUUAGUAAAUUAAACAAAUUAUUGAAACCUUUUGAGACAAAUAAUGACAAAGAGAAAGUAGAAAAUCAUCGUGAGUUAAAAACUAGAAGCAGAAUCAGAAGAUCGAAUAAUGAAACAAAACUGUGGAUGGGAUAUAAACUACGCUCACCAUCGGCAGUACCGCCGGAAUAUAUGCUGCACCUGUAUCAGCUUUUGGAGGGGACCAACUACCAACUUCUGCAGGAUACAGUCGUCUUGAGCUUUGUCAACAUUCACGAUGGCGGUGAAGAUUCUGUCCAAGAGGCACCAUACAAACAGAGCCUCGUCUUCAACGUGUCCCUUGACGUUAGUGAGCAGGUCAUCCAGUACGCCGAGCUACGUUUGUUUUUCGUUGUAAGGAACAAUAACUCGAGCAAGGAUCAGGUCACAGCACACGGCCACAAUCAAGUCAGCAUCUCGGAAGUUCUUGUCGAGGGCAGUCCCAGGGUACAACUAAUAACAACGAAAAACAUUAGUAACACAAACGCCACUUGGGAAAGUUUUAACAUAACCUCAGCUGUUCAGGCGUGGCGUGUGUCUGGUCCCAGAGUUUUGGAAGUGACAAUUGACAAUGUUAAUGCAAGUGACAAUAACGUGGCAGAAGUCUUCCUUGAAAACGUUGACGGCAAAGAACCCUUGCUGGUUGUGUUUUCCAAGAAACACAGCAGACGAAAGUCUGCUCACCAUUCACUAGAAAAAAGAGAUGCGAGCAAUGAACAGCGAGGACCUUUAGAAGAGGUUGUGUUUCUCCAGAAUCCAAACGUCACAAGCGCCGCCACAAAUGCGAGCCUCUACUUCCAAGGUCUGCUGAACGCUGUCGCCUCGAUGCAAACAUACGACGAUGGACUUUCAUCGCCGGAGGCCGCGGAAGAUGAUAUCAGCGACAACGAAAAUCAACUUUUCCACGAUUUGGAAGAGUUUGACGACAUGACCACCGAUGAGUUCAGUAUUUUAAAUUUAACAUUCCAAAACCAGGAGCUUCUAACAGAGCUCGCGUCUAGAAAAAAGAAACUCCAGAGUCUCCAGAAUCUGGCGGAUUCUUCGGGGUUCGGCUCAGACCCUUUGAUGGCUGAUGAUGGCAGUGAACGUCCCAGUGACAAUGUCAAGGCCAGACAAUUUGUCAGUGGCGAGUCCUUCACCUCGAAAUUACCAAGUUCAAACGAUGACGCGGAUGACGAGAAUAUCGAUGAACUGAAAGUUCGAAAUGUCAGAAGGGAGACAAAAAAGCGAUAUAGAAGACAUCUGGACAGUUUAUUUCAGGGUCUGGACGGGAGGGUCCAUCCGCGCUACAGGAGGAGCAAGAAGAAGCGAAACUUUUGCAGACGAGAAGAAAUGUUGGUUGAUUUUCAAAGCAUCAAGUACGACAUGGUCAUCAUAUACCCAAUCUCCUACCAGGCAUAUGAAUGCGUUGGGAGGUGUUUCUACCCCAUCGGCCAGUACCUGACGCCGACCAAGCACGCCAUCAUCCAGACACUGAUGCACACGACCAACCCCAAAUUUGCGCGAGCCUGCUGCGUGCCCACCAAGCUGGAACCGAUUUCUGUGCUGUAUUCGAAAGGCGAUGGGGUCAUCGAAUACGACUACACCUUUGAGGAUAUGGUGGUGGCCGAGUGUGGAUGUCGUUAAGUUCUAUGGAAAGACAUUUACUUGUGGAGGGCUUUACUGUAGUGCACGACAGCUAAAUACACUCUUAUACCAUUUUGUUAUAGAAUAAGAAUGUGAAGAGCGUUGUUUCAUUUAACUAUGUUGUCUAGCAAAAAGGGUUCCCCAUCUGAGAAGUUACACAUCUUGUGCGAAAAUUCAAACUGGUGAUAAGUGAACUUGUUUAGAAAUGUGACAGCUGUCAGCAUACAUUUCUAAUUGAAAAAGGCAAUAGAAACAUGUCUAUCUGCCGGUCUUUGAUGUAAAAUAGUUUCUAGCACUAGCAGGCUUCCUUUAUAUACAACAGGCAUGUUUUCUUUGCGUUUAUUAUGAUAGUUAAUAUUCAGUUGUAAAUUAGCUUGUACAUUUUACUACAUCAAUUGCUGUCCUGGUGUUUUGCAAUCAUAAUCCCAAACCAAAAUCUUUAUGUUGAACCUUUUGUAUGAUUGUUGAGCAAUGCUUGCUUUGAAAUAAAUUAGCUAAAAAAAAAAAAACUAGGACUAGUUCUAUCUUAGUAAAAACCCAACCAGUGUGGAAGAGAAGUUUUUCAGUGGCACUAAUUAUUCAACCAAAGCUGUUGCAAUGUGUUGAGAUUAAAGGGCAUAACUUAUUUCAUGAAAUGUGUAUUUAUAACAUGUAUAUGAUAGAAUGCUUGCAAUAAAAACUGUACACACAUUCUAGUUUUCCCUUUUAACAUUGACUUUAG